UGUAAAAUUAUAGCGUGCGAGGGCAAGCAUGCCACUUUCACGGUUCAGUUGCGAUCGAUGGCGUCCCGUCUCCUCCGCGACCGGUUCAGUUGUCACUUUGACAUCCAUCCACUGACUCUUUCCACUCAGCGAAUCCCCUCCGUCCUGUUUCUGCUUCUGCCUUUUUUUGCUUGGACGUUGCAGUUCAGUUGUUCAGCAUGGCUGCCCUCGACAUCAGGCCGUCCCUGGAGGACGCGCGCAAGCUCUUCGACCAGACAUGCCAAGCAUCAGCGACCUCGACAGCAUCCCCAAGGCCCACCCUUCUCCCUCUCUGCAUCUCCCUGCCUGCCGAUCUGUUGACGCCCUCGGCCAUCUACCUCAAGCUCUCCGCAGGAGCGACAGCUGAAUACUCGUUCCUCCUCGAGAGCGCCACUGGCAGCACCGAGACUGUCGGCCGCUACAGCUUCAUUGGCGCCAACCCCCGAAAGGUCCUCGAGACCGGCCCCGGCUACCAAGAUGUCGGCGAUCCCAUGAAGGCCCUUGAGCAGGAGCUCAGCCAGGACAAGGUCCUCAGCAUCCCCUCCCUCCGACUCCCCAAGCUGACGGGCGGCGCUGUCGGCUACAUCUCGUACGACUGCAUCAAGUACUUCGAGCCCAGGACGGUCAAGGGCCGCGAACUCAAGGACAACCUACACAUCCCCGAGGCCCUCUUCAUGCUCUACGAUACCAUGGUAGCCUUCGACCACUUCUCCUCCGCCUUCACCGUCGUCACCCACGUCCGACUUCCCGAGGACCCCUCCGGCGACUUCGAGGCGGCCUACAACGCGGCUUGCGACAGCAUUCGCUCGACACUCCAAGUGAUCAACCAGCCAGAGACGCCGCUCCCGCCCAAGGACUCCAGCACUCCCGCCGCCGAUCAGACAUUUGCUUCCAACGUUGGACGCCACGGUUACGAGACCUUUGUGACGGAGCUCAAGAAGAACAUUGUCAAGGGUGACAUCAUCCAGGCCGUUCCGUCCCAGCGCUUCUCUCGCAGCACCAGCCUGCACCCCUUCAACAUCUACCGCACCUUGCGCACGCUCAACCCCUCGCCGUACCUCUUCUUCCUCUCGUGCUCCGACUUCCACAUUGUAGGCGCCUCGCCCGAAUGCUUGAUGAAGACCGACGGAUAUGCCGACCUUCCUGCCGAUACCCGUUUUGGCUAUAGCGCUGCUGAGGCCCGCUCUCGUCCCAGGAUCGUCAACCACGCCAUUGCCGGUACCAUCAAGCGUGGCCUCAACUCGGAGGAGGACGAUGAGCUUGCGGCCGUGCUGCUGGCCUCAACCAAGGACCGCGCCGAGCACGUCAUGUUGGUCGAUCUGGCCCGCAACGAUGUCAACCGUGUCUGCCACCCGUCUACCGUCAAGGUCGACCGCCUCAUGCGCAUCGACCGUUUCUCGCACGUCCAACAUAUCACCUCGGAGGUCUCCGGUCUGCUGCGCCCCGAGUGCACCCGUUGGGACGCUUUGCGCUCCAUCUUCCCCGCCGGCACCGUGUCGGGCGCUCCCAAGAUUCGUGCCAUGGAGCUGAUUUACGACUUGGAGAAGGAGAAGCGCGGCAUCUACGCUGGCGCUGCCGGUUGGUUCGCCUAUGAUGUCAUUCGCGUCGAAGGUGGUGAGGGUGAUGCCCCUGUUACCACUUUCCUGAGCGAAGGACAGAUGGAUACCUGCAUUGCUAUCCGCACCAUGCUGGUCAAGAAUAAGGUUGCUUACCUGCAAGCGGGCGGUGGUAUUGUCUUUGACAGUGAGAAGACGGAGGAGUGGAUGGAGACCAUGAACAAGUUGGCGGCCAACUUGCGCUGCAUCGAACUGGCCGAGAAGUACUACGGCGAGAGUACGGGAUCCAAGUCGGUGCAGGAAAUUAUUGAGGAGGAGAGGAAGAAGGGCGACGAGCAGUACAAGCUGCAGACUAUGAGCGCUGGGGCGUAAGUGUGUAGUGUAUUUGUGCGUGUUGAAGGCUGAGUUAAAACAGGAUACCAGGUGAAUCAAUGUUUGAGCUGCAGGCUGAAGCCUUCCAUGAUGUGGUCUGGGUGAAACUCGGUGUCCUUGUCUGUCAAGUCCACUGUUCCGUCUUACGUCCCACCCUGUCGGCGAUAACUGUCCCAUGAGCAUCGAGACACCCUCCCCUUCUCGGCCGCCGCCGACUUUUUUUCUCCGGCCCCUAUUUUCCCGACUCGCUAAAGCGGACCGGCCAACGGCCUCCCCAUGCUAACACUCCGCUUUCCGGGGUUUACACCGUAAGCGCCCGUUUUCCCGCCGCACCGGGACCAAGCCACGUUCAAAAGAUAGUAAACGAGGCAGAGACAUCGGGGACCUUUAACCCCCCCUAUUAAGCGGCGGGUAUUGCAACGAUCAACUAUAGUAGAAGAUCUCUUUGUUUCUGUGAUUAAAAAAAAAAAAA